CUUUAGUUCUGAAUUUAACAAUUUGCUUUGGUUUUCAGGAGUAGUAUUUUUUUGGAUCAAACAUUUUGCUUUGUUUUGACGUUCCGCCCUCGGAUCGUCUAGACUAUUUGCGGAGAGAAUCUAAUUACAAAAGAAAAAAGGAAAAAACCCGGAGCAAAACAUGGAUUAGGGUUUGCGCUUUCUCCCUGAUCCUUUCUCUUCAACAACACGGAUCCAAUUCUCUGGAUACUUCCUCGCACAGCCGAUUCAUACUAAUCUCUCUCUACGUGAGUAUGAACUGUGCUGGUUGUUUUUCUUCGUUAUUUUCGUAACCCGAUUCGGAUUUGGACGUGUGUUGCUGUAAGUGGAUUUAUUGUGGGGAGUCGUGAUGCCAGGGAGGUUCCAUGUUGGUGGGAAAGUGGUAGAUCAUGUUGAUUUGUUGAGAAAGAGGCACUGGCCAUGGCGCUUAGAUGUAUGGCCUUUCGCCAUAAUAUAUGCUGCUUGGAUAGUAACCGUUGUACCCAGCUUGGACUUUGGGGAUGCUGCCAUAGUUCUUGGUGGCCUCGUGGCUCUCCAUAUUCUGGCGUUUCUAUUCACGGUUUGGUCGGUGGAUUUUGGGUGUUUUGUCAAGUAUUCUAAGGUUAAUGAUAUUCACCAAGCAGAUGCAUGCAAAGUAACUCCGGCAAAAUUCUGUGGUUCUAAAGAAGUUGUGCCACUUCAUUUUCGGAAGCUGGCAAGUUCGUCACGACAGGAGGAAGAGGUUUAUUUCGAUUUCAGAAAGCAAUGCUUUAUCUAUUCGAAAGAGAGGGAGACCUUUUGUAAGCUUCCUUAUCCUUCUAAGGAAGCAUUUGGCUACUAUCUCAAAAGCUCUGGCCAUGGCUCUGAAGCAAAAGUUAUUGCUGCUACUGAGAAGUGGGGACGCAACGCAUUUGAGUAUCCUCAGCCCACAUUCCAGAAAUUAAUGAAAGAGCACUGUAUGGAGCCCUUCUUCGUAUUUCAGGUCUUCUGUGUGGGUCUCUGGUGUUUGGAUGAGUACUGGUAUUACAGUUUGUUCACCCUGUUUAUGCUGUUUAUGUUUGAGUCAACAAUGGCAAAAAGUCGUUUGAAGACUCUAACUGAGCUUAGACGCGUAAGAGUGGAUGGCCAGACUCUAAUGGUGUAUAGAUGUGGCAAGUGGGUGAAACUCUCUGGGAUGGAUCUUCUGCCUGGAGAUGUUGUGUCCAUAGGACGUUCUACUGGUGAGAAUGGAGAAGAUAAGUCUGUACCAGCAGAUAUGCUUAUAUUAGCUGGAAGUGCAAUAGUUAAUGAAGCCAUUCUCACCGGCGAAUCUACCCCCCAGUGGAAGGCUUCAAUCAUGGGUAGGGGAGCUGAGGAGAAGUUGUCAGUUAGGCGAGAUAAAAACCAUGUUCUUUUCGGAGGAACGAAGAUAUUGCAGCAUACACCAGAUAAAAGCUUUCAUUUGAGAGCCCCUGAUGGUGGCUGCGUGGCUGUUGUUCUACGAACUGGGUUUGAAACCAGCCAAGGAAAACUGAUGCGAACUAUUUUGUUUUCUACAGACAGGGUUACUGCUAACAGCUGGGAAAGUGGGCUUUUCAUAUUGUUCUUAGUUGUAUUUGCAGUUAUAGCGGCUGGUUAUGUGCUAAAAAAGGGACUGGAAGAUCCGACGAGGAGCAAAUACAAGCUUUUCCUGAGUUGUUCGUUGAUAAUUACUUCUGUGAUCCCACCUGAGCUGCCAAUGGAAUUAUCAAUAGCUGUUAAUACAUCUCUUAUUGCACUGGCACGACGGGGAAUAUUCUGUACAGAACCUUUUCGAAUUCCAUUUGCUGGGAAGGUGGAUAUAUGUUGUUUUGACAAAACCGGAACACUCACAUCUGAUGACAUGGAGUUUUCCGGAGUUGUUGGAUUGACUGACAACAUGGAGUUAGAAACUGAUAUGAGUAAAGUGCCUGUUCGCACUAUGGAAAUUCUUGCUUCUUGCCAUGCUUUAGUAUUUGUGGACAACAAGUUGGUUGGUGAUCCUCUUGAGAAGGCUGCACUUAAGGGAAUAGACUGGAGUUAUAAAUCAGAUGAGAAAGCCAUACCAAAAAAGGGGAGUGGUAAUGCCGUUCAAAUUGUGCAGAGACACCACUUUGCAUCUCACUUGAAACGAAUGGCAGUUGUUGUUCGUAUUCAGGAGCAAUUCCUUGCUUUUGUGAAGGGUGCUCCAGAAACCAUUCAGGAGAUGCUCAUUGAUUUACCUCCUUCGUAUGUUCAAACCUACAAGAAAUACACACGUCAGGGUUCUCGAGUCUUGGCCCUGGCUUACAAGUUCCUUCCAGAAAUGACAGUCAGCGAAGCUAGAAGCUUAGAUAGAGAUCUUGUGGAGAGUGGGCUUACUUUUGCAGGUUUUGCGGUAUUUAAUUGUCCUAUUAGAGCGGAUUCAGCCACUGUGUUGGCCGAGCUGAAAGGAUCAUCACAUGACUUGGUGAUGAUUACUGGUGAUCAAGCUCUGACAGCCUGUCAUGUUGCUAGUCAAGUUCAUAUUAUUUCAAAACCAGCUCUGAUUCUUGGUCCAUCAAAGAAUGGUGCGGGAUAUGAGUGGGUUUCGCCAGAUGAGAGUGAGAGUAUCGGUUAUAGUACGGAAGAUGUUGAACCUUUAUCGGCAACUCAUGAUCUCUGUAUCGGGGGCGAUUGCAUUGCAAUGUUGCAGCAGACUUUAGCUGUUCUUAAAGUCAUCCCAUAUGUGAAGGUUUUUGCUAGAGUUGCUCCUGAACAAAAAGAACUCAUCAUGACAACCUUUAAAACAGUGGGAAGGAUAACAUUGAUGUGUGGCGAUGGAACUAACGAUGUUGGAGCUCUCAAGCAGGCCCAUGUAGGAACGGCUCUGUUGAAUGCAAUCCCGCCUCCUACAAAGACCGAAAAGCCGCCUUCUGAAUCAUCGUCAAAAGAUGAAAGUGCAAGGUCUGCCAAGUCAAAGAAACUUAAGCCUACUACAGAGUCAAGCAAAGCCCCAAGCGUAAAUGGAGAGGGCCCUUCAAAGAGCAGAGUAGUUGCAAAGUCAGAAUCCUCUUCACACUCGGCCAGUGGUAACCGUCAUUUGACUGCUGCAGAGGCCCAACGGCAAAAGUUAAAGAAGCUCAUGGACGAGCUAAAUGAGGACGGAGGUGAUGGUCGAUCCGCUCCAAUUGUCAAACUUGGUGACGCAUCAAUGGCAUCCCCAUUCACGGCAAAGCAUGCUUCAGUGGCCCCCACUACGGACAUAAUCCGUCAGGGCCGUAGUACCCUUGUCACUACCCUGCAAAUGUUCAAAAUACUUGGCCUGAACUGCCUUGCGACCGCCUACGUUUUGAGUGUUAUGUAUCUGGAUGGUGUCAAGUUGGGAGAUAUUCAGGCAACCAUUAGUGGGGUAUUCACCGCCGCCUUUUUCCUAUUUAUUUCUCAUGCACGACCGCUUCCCACCCUUUCGGCGGAACGGCCCCACCCCAAUGUCUUCUGCCCUUACGUGUUCCUCUCUCUCCUCGGACAGUUUGCGAUCCACAUCCUUUUCUUGAUCUCAUCAGUGAAAGAGGCAGAGAAAUACAUGCCUGAUGAAUGUAUUGAACCGGAUUCUGAGUUCCACCCAAAUUUGGUUAAUACCGUUUCAUACAUGGUGAGCAUGAUGAUCCAGGUGGCAACUUUUGCAGUUAAUUACAUGGGGCACCCUUUUAACCAGAGUGUGACGGAAAACAAGCCGUUUUUGUAUGCCCUUUUGGCUGCUGUUGGGUUUUUUACAGUUAUAACCUCGGACUUGUUCAGGGGCUUGAAUGACUGGUUGAGGUUGGUCCCUUUGCCGAGGGGAUUGAGGGAUAAGCUGUUGCUUUGGGCCUUCUUAAUGUUCUUGGUCUGCUAUACGUGGGAGCGAUUAUUGAGGUGGGCUUUCCCUGGUAAGAUCCCUGCUUGGAGGAGGCGGCAACAGGCGGCUGUAGCUAACUCAGAAAAGAAACGCCUCUAAACGGAUACUAGCUGAUAUGAAGCAGACAGUAUCAGCAAUUUUGGUGGAUGGAAACAUUUCAGAAAGAACAGUAGCAGUUGAAUGAUUAGCCUUGUAUCGUUAUUUUGUUACAUUUAAGGUUUUCUUCCCUAGAGAUGGGAAUUUAAGAUGAAUUUUGUGUCCCCCAUUCUUUUUUUUUUUUGAAGGGGUGGUUCUAUAAUGCUAGCUGAAAUUUAUGUUUGAAUUUGCUAUUCCUGUUGGAUGCUUAAACGAAGCUAAGGCCGUUCACCCUUUCAAUUUGGUGUAUCUGUGAUGGUUUAGAAUUGGUAAAUUUAGCACAAAAAGUAAAUUACUCCA